GAAAGGGCGGAAGUGAAAGUAUUGGUCACAGUCCAACCCUGUUUCCUGUUAAAGCCAGAACAUUAAGCGCAUGAGAAGACCAAGAUGGAAACCUCCGGACCAGUUGAACAAUGGAGCUUCGUUGAUUCCGUGAAGGAAGAAAGUGAAGAAGAGCAGCAGCUGGUGGUUAAAGAAGAGGUUCCUGAAAUGAGCAGUUCCAGUUUGGACCAGCAGAACCUCACAUGUUCCCAGGUGAAGAAGGAAGAGGAGGAACAGUGGAUCAGUCAUUCUGAGAAAAAUGAAGUUGACGAGAAACCUCAGUUGGCAGAAGUUCAUCACAUCAAAAGUGAAGACAGCAGACAGACAGAAACUCUGACUAGCAGCUCAGCUGAACAGAUGAAAACAGAAUCGGAUGGAGAGAUAAGUGGAGGAACAGAACCUAACAGAGAACCGAAUCCUAAUUUACACACAGAUAUUGAAGAAAGGCAUUCAGCAUCUUCUGAGACUGAAGUCAGUGAUGAGAAUGAAGAGAAAAAUCUAUCAGAUUCUGGAUCUGAAAAUGAAGACGGUGAUGAGAGUGAAGAUGACAAUAUAUCAGGUUCUGGAUCUGAAAAUGAAGACAGUGAUGAAGAUUGGAGGGAACCCAGAACACGUCAGUCUGGUGUAAACAGCAAAGUGGGACGUAAAGCUGCCAAGAAAACCUUCAGCUGCCCUGACUGUGGUAAAGAGUUUGUGAGGAAGCAGAUGUUCCAGAAACAUAUGGCAGGUCAUUCAGGAGAAAAGUCUUCCAGCUGUUCGGUUGAGAAGAAUCACUCUAGAGGGAAGCAAAACAGUGACGCACAGAUGGAAAGGAAAUCCUUUUCUUGUGACGAUUGUGGUAAAAUCUUUGAGAACCAAACUGCUCUUAAAUGUCAUAUGAGAAUCCAUCGUAGUAAAAAAUUAGUUGUUUGUAAAGACUGUGGUAAAAGCUUCCACUGUCAGUUUCAACUUAAAAAUCACCUGACAUUCCACACAGGAGAAAGACCUUUUGCCUGUGAUAAAUGUGGCAAAACAUUUAGACUAAGACAUACCCUUAAAAUUCACAUGAUAUGCCACACUGAAGAAAAACCCUUUGCCUGUGAUAAAUGUGGUAAAAGGUUUAAAUGGAAGCAUAGUCUGAAGACCCACAUGACCAUCCAUAAGGGAGAAAAACCGUUUGCAUGUAUUGAAUGUGGCAGAUGCUUCAGACUUAAGGGUGAUCUAAAAGGCCACAUGGCAACCCACUUGGAUGUAAAACCAUUUGGCUGUGGAUACUGUGGUGUCAGAUUUACUUAUAAAGGAAGUCUGCUCCUGCAUGUUAGACACCACACUGGUGAGAACCUGCUGUCGUGUGAUAAAUGUGAUAAAAAGUUUGCUCGAAAGUGUGUCCUUCUGAAACAUAUGCGAUUUCAUGCAAAAGAGGAGAAUGUGGCGUCUGGAAGGGGGAACUUUGCUUGUGAAGAAUGUGGAAGACGGUUUGUCCAGAAGUCGCAUGUAAAAAGACACAUGGUCAGGCACACAGGACAGAAACGAUUUGGUUGCGAUCUUUGUUUGAAUUUGUUUACGCGAGCGGAAUCCCUGAAGAUGCACAAUCUGAAAAUUCACAGUAAAUAGAGAUUGUACACAGAGAAUUUGCUUGGAAAGCUUUACUGCAAGAACACCACAGCAGUUUGCAUUGUUUUGUUUCCAUUUUAUCUGGAUUCAUUUUGAAUUGGACAAGAUUAUUUUGCUUCUUAGUAAGUAGAGCAUUAUUUUGCUACAGAAAACUUUGAAAUUGAUUGGAUUUAUUUCUUUGAGUGUUCCUACCUUGCUGAAUUAAGGUGAUAUCAAACCAUAAUCUCACUUAUUGUCUAAAACAUGCUUCUAUUAAUCAUUUCUGUCCAACCAGUACAUACCUUCUCUUCAUAUUAGAUAAUCAGUACGGCUUGUGCUGAUCGUUCUUUUCAGAGAAAUCAUGAGCGGUUUUGAUUGGGUAAUUGUUUUUCAACAAUCAUUAAAACUCAAGUUCUAAAGACUCAUUCAAUAACAUGUCUGUUUUUCAUUGUCAUUUUCUUUUAACUGUGUAACUUUGAGUUGUAUUUGUUGGCAAGGACUCUCUUGAAAAGCAAAGGAUAAUUAAAAGAUAAUAAUUUGCA